AUGGCCAACGAGCUCGAGAAGCUCGAGUUGCUCUCUCUCGUCAACAGCAUAACCAACGAGCUAGUCAACUACACCGGUCUCUCAGACUCGACUCUCGCCGAGUUCCUGAUCCACCUGCACGGCGACUCAAAAGACUUCAACACCUUCAAGUCGAAAUGCCGCGACGUGGGCGCCGACUUUCCCGACUCGUUCCUCUCCUCCGUUGACCGCCUCAUCCUCUCGAUGCACCCAAAAUACAAGCUCAAGUCCAAGUCCUCCUCUUCAAAGGACAAAGGCAAGGGCAAGGAAGAAGGUGAGAAGGCGGUCCUGAGCGAAGAGAAGCAGAAACAAGCCCGACUGUUUCCCGGACUCGCCAUGCCCGAUACCGAGUGGCAGCCGUCCUAUCGCGCCGACAACCCGGAGGAAGUCAAGGAGCGACAGAUGCGGAUGGGUCAGCCGGCGGACGUCAAAGGCGUCAGUGAUGACCUCCGGAGCAGGGACGAGGACAAUAUGGGCGUCGAUGACUUGAUGGCGCAGCUUGAGGGUGUCAGGAAGCGCGCGACGAGGCCUGAGGAGGACGACGACAGGCGGGACGGAGGAGCGGACGCAAAGAGGCAGAGGCACCGCUCGCCCGACUACGAGCGGCGAGGAGGCGGAGGCGGUCGCGAGCGUGACAACGGCUACGGGGACCGCGGGCGCGGCGGCUCGUCGCGCCACGGCGAAGACGAUCGAGGGCGGUACGGUCGCGACGGGCGGACAGGCGGCGCAGGGCCCGGCCGACUCGACGAGAAGCCCGUCUUGUACAAGAUCUACAAGGGUCGGGUCGCCAACAUCAAGGAUUUCGGCGCGUUCGUCACGCUCGAAGGCGUGCAGGGCAAGGCGGAGGGCAUGGUUCAUAUCGGCUCGAUCUCGACCGGACGCGUCUCGCACCCUUCCGACCUCCUCGCGCGCGGACAGUCCGUCUUUGUCAAGGUCAUGUCGGUCGCGGGCAACCGUCUCUCGCUCUCGAUGAAGGACGCAGACCAGCGAACCGGCGCCGACUUGUCGCCUCACCUGCGGAUCAAGACCGAGGAAGAGCUGUUCGAGGAGACUCGCCGGGCGGCUGAGCGCGCAGCAACGGGCGCGAACGGAGUUGCCGUCCGCAAGAGCUUCGCCGACGACAACCGCACGGCCUCGGUUCGGCGGAUGACCUCGCCCGAGCGGUGGGAGAUCAAGCAGCUCAUCGCCUCGGGCGCAGCGAGCGCAGCCGACUACCCCGGUCUCGACGACGAGUACAUCAACAGCGGAUUCGAGACAGGGCCGGGCGGGAAGAGUCUCGUCGACGAAGCGGACGAGGAACUCGAUGUCGAGAUCAACGAGGCAGAGGCGCCUUUCCUCGCUGGCCAGACUAAACGCGCGCUCGAGUUAUCGCCUGUCAAGAUUGUCAAAGCGCCGGACGGUACCAUGAACAGGGCCGCGAUGGCGGGUGCGGCUUUGGCGAAGGAGCGGAGGGAGCUCAAGGCGCAGGAGGCGUCGGACCAGGCGGACUCGGAGGCGAGGGACGUCAACACCCCUUGGCUCGACCCGAUGACGGCUCCUCACGAGCGGGCGUUCGCGGCGGACGCGAGGGGUCAGGCGGCGGGCCAGCGCGCCAAAGACGUCCCGGCGUGGAAGAAGGACACGUUCAACCCGGCUACGACGUUCGGCAAGAUCACCAGCAUGAGCAUCGCCGACCAGCGCAAGAGUCUGCCCAUCUACAAGUUCCGCGACCAGCUCAUCGAGGCGUUUGCGAACAACCAGGUCCUCGUCGUCGUCGGCGAUACCGGCUCGGGCAAGACGACGCAGAUGACGCAGUACCUCGCCGAAGCGGGCUACGCCGACCGUCUCAAGAUCGGUUGCACCCAGCCUCGUCGUGUGGCGGCCAUGUCCGUCGCCAAGCGUGUCGCCGAAGAAGUCGGAUGCCGGCUCGGCCAGGAGGUCGGCUACACGAUCCGUUUCGAGGACUGCACGAGUCCCGAGACCAAGAUCAAGUACAUGACGGACGGCAUGCUCCAGCGAGAGUGUCUCGUCGACCCCGACAUGAGCCAGUACAGCGUCCUCAUGCUCGACGAGGCCCACGAGCGUACGAUCGCGACCGAUGUCCUCUUUGGUCUCCUCAAGAAAUCGCUGAAGCGCCGGCCCGACCUCAAGCUCAUCGUCACCUCCGCCACGCUCGACGCCGAAAAGUUCUCCGAGUACUUCUUCGGCUGCCCCAUCUUCACCAUCCCCGGCCGUACCUUCCCCGUCGAGAUCUUGUACACGAAGGAGCCCGAGCCCGACUACCUCGACGCCGCCCUCAUCACGAUCAUGCAGAUCCACCUCUCCGAGCCGCCCGGCGACAUCCUCCUCUUCCUGACUGGACAAGAAGAGAUCGACACGUCGUGCGAGAUCUUGUACGAGCGGAUGAAGUCGCUCGGUCCGAACGUGCCCGACCUCAUCAUCUUGCCGAUCUACUCCGCCUUGCCGUCCGAGAUGCAGUCGCGCAUCUUCGAGCCCGCCCCGCCCGGCGCACGCAAGGUCAUCCUCGCCACCAACAUCGCCGAGACGUCGCUCACGAUCGACGGCAUCUACUACGUCGUCGACCCGGGCUUCGUCAAGCAGAACGCGUACGACCCCCGACUCGGGAUGGAUUCGCUCAUCGUCACGCCCAUCUCGCAAGCGCAGGCUCGGCAGCGUGCGGGACGUGCAGGACGGACGGGACCGGGCAAGUGCUACCGCUUGUACACGGAGGCGGCGUACCGGAACGAGAUGCUGCCCAACAGCAUCCCCGACAUCCAGCGUCAGAAUCUCGCCCAUACGAUUCUGAUGUUGAAGGCGAUGGGGAUCAACGACCUCCUCAACUUCGACUUUAUGGACCCGCCGCCUCAGCAGACGAUGAUCACGGCGCUCGAGAACCUGUACGCCCUGUCGGCCCUCGACGAGGAAGGCCUCCUCACCCGCCUCGGACGCAAGAUGGCCGACUUGCCGAUCGAACCGCCUCUCGCCAAGAUGCUCAUCGCGUCGGUCGACCUCGAGUGCUCGGAGGAGAUCCUCACCAUCGUCGCGAUGCUCUCGGUCGGCGGCACCAUCUUCUACCGCCCGAAGGAGAAGCAGGCGCAGGCCGACGCGAAGAAGGCCAAGUUCCACCAGCCCGAAGGCGACCACCUCACCCUGCUCACUGUGUACAACGGCUGGGCGGCGUCCAAGUUCAGCAACCCGUGGUGCUCGGAGAACUUUAUCCAGGGUCGUGCUAUGCGUCGCGCGCAGGAUGUCCGCAAGCAGCUCCUCGGCAUCAUGGAUCGCUACAAGCACGACAUCCUCUCGUGCGGCAAGAACUACAACCGCGUACGUCGUGCCAUUACGAGUGGCUACUUCCGGCACGCCGCCAAGAAGGACCCGCAGGAAGGGUACAAGACGCUCGUCGAGGGAACGCCCGUCUUCCUGCACCCGUCGUCGGCGCUCUUCAACCGCGCGCCCGAGUGGUGUGUCUACCACGAGCUCGUCUUGACGACCCGCGAGUACAUGCGCGAGGUGACCGCCAUCGAACCCAAGUGGCUUGUCGAGGUCGCGCCGGCUUUCUUCAAGGUCGCCGACCAGAACACGAUCUCGAAGCGCAAGAAGCAGGAGAAGAUUCAGCCUCUCUUUGACAAGUACGCCGAGCACCAGGACGCCUGGCGUCUGUCGAAGCUCAAGAGGGCGACGCGCUCGAGUCAAUCUUUCGGCUAG